AAUUAACAUACUUACCCACAAUUCCUUGAAGCGUCGAGGAAGCAAGAUGGCGUACUGGCCGCGGUUGGACAGGAGUUGACGAAAUCAGUAUAAAAGAUUUACGUCACAAACAGAAACAAAGUAGCUAUGCUUUCUACAUGAGACAGGUGGAUGAAGUUUUGAAAUCAAAAACUCAAGAUGUAUGAACAAGGAAAAACAGUGAUCAAUGAUCAGUUGAUCCUUGAGGAAGAUUACGAUGAAAAUUAUCAACCCAGUGAGGAAGAAAUUUUUGAGUAUGCACAAAUUAUUGGGAUUGAUCCUAAAACAGAGCCCCACCUGAUUUACAUCGCUAGGGAGGGGAUAUGUGCCCCUCUACCAGACCAUUGGAGACCAUGUCAAGAUCCAAAGGGGGACAUUUACUACUUCAACUUUGCUUCUGGAGAGAGUAUAUGGGAUCACCCGUGUGAUGAGUUCUACAGAAAAAUGGUCAUGGAAGAAAGGAAGAAACUGUCCAUGAAUAGAGGAGGUCCCCCAGCUCGAGGCGGUCCCACAGCAGGAAGUUCUGCAGGGGCAAAGAAAGGAAAAGGGGGCAAAGCAGAUGGAGGAAAGAAAAAAGACAAGAAAAACAAAACUGCAGAGAAGCUUGGGCCAUUGAAAGCUGAGCAGAGUAAAGGAAUACCCUCCAUGCACAGAAACUCCUCAGGGCUGGAGCCCAUGAUGUCUUCCAGCGGCCAGUUAGCUCCCCUGAGGGGAUCUGCUGGAAACAGCCAGCCAGUGAAGUCCAGUCUCAACACAACAACAGGUUCCUUUAAGUCCAACAAUCCUAAUGCUCUCAGUAAGAGUGGGAACCUGACCAGCAGUAUGAGUAUACCCAUCUACUCGACCGAAUAUGAGGAGGAUGAGAUCGAGCGGCCGGUCCAUGAGGUGGAUUACCAGGAGUCUGAUGAGGGGAGUGAAAAGUCGAAGCUUGAGACAGAGUCAGAAGACAGCGAAGAUUACGGCAAAGAUAUUGAUUUUGGGAUCGAUAAGAACCUGUCAGAGAGAAUCAUGGACAUGGCCAUAGAAAAUUUGGACCCAGUGAGGGGCUCCCUGGAAAAGUUGCAGGAUUUUGAAGGCACAAUGUCUGCUAUGUCCACAGCCAGGGUUGAGUCCCCUGGGGGUAAAAUCAGCCCUUUGGAUAGAAUGGAAGAGGAUCGAAAAAGACGGGCAGAAAUAGCAGCCAGUGCUGCAGAACGGCGUCUGAUCGGUCAGGACAGUUAUCAUUCCUAUGAGAAGAAAUCCGACCUUCAUGAUGAGAACCAGCUAAGGGCCAGCUAUGACAAUUCACUGAUGGAACUUGAGAAAAAGCUUCGCCAGGAACAUGAUAAUCGAAAACUGGAACUAUUUGAGGAAAAAGAUAUCAAAAUACGAAAACUGCAAGAUGAAGUAAAGAGAGAGUUAGAAGAGGAGGAGAGGAAAAUAAUGAAGGACAAGGAGCAACAAGUCAAAGAGUUGGAGGAAAAGGUAAAAAAGGAGUUAGAUAAACUGCAAAAGGAACUAGCAGACAAAAAUAGUGAGCAGAUUAAAGGGCUUCAAGAGCAGAUAGAAAAUGAGCAAAAAGAGAAAGAAUUGGAGCUGCGGCAACAGAUGGAAUCUGCCCUAGAGAAGUUGAGGAAUGAGGUCGGAUCUCUACAGAGAGAGGAACAGACCAAACUGGAGGAGGAGAAAAGGAAAUGUCUGGAGAGGCUUCAGCAGCAGGUGGAUCUUGCGACUGCCAGUGAACAAAAGCGACUAGAGAACCAGAAGCAGGAAGCCAUAGAGAGCAUGCAGUCCAAACAGAAGUACGAGCUGGACAACCUUAAGGAUGACCUAGAGAGGAAGCACCGGGAGAAAGUGGACCGACUCAGGACAGAGCAGGCGGAGCGGCACGAUGAGGACAUGAAGAGGAUCAAGGAUGAGAUCAAGCGUCUUCAGGAGCAGGAACGAGAGCAGAAGGAGCAAGAGCUUGAAAUGGCGAGACAGCGACAGAAAGCCAUCGACGACCUGGACAGGGGGCUUGAUGAGGUGUUGUCAGAGAGACGGCAGGAAAUCAAGCAGCAGCAGCAGAAGGAGCUGUCUCGUGUCCAGGAGGAUCACUCGGGCCGACUACGCAAGAUACGACAGGAGUAUGAGGAAAAGGAGGAUGAUGAAAAGAAAUUGCUGAAUGAGAAAUUGGAUGCAGAAAAAAGAAGAAUGCAGAAACAGUAUGAGAAGGAAUCGGAUGAUCUCCGGCGGAAUUAUGAACGCAAAAAGGAAACACUGGCCGAGCAGCUAGAAGAUGAGGAAGAGGAGUUCCAAGAUAAAAGAGCUGAAUUAGAGAGAAGGAAGCUUCAGAUUGAAAAAGAGUUCAAGAAUUUGGACACUCAGGAAAGAAAACUAGAAGAGAAAAGAAAGGCGUUCAGAGAAAAUACAGCCAGCUUUGACAGAGAGCAAGAUGAUGCGUUCAGCAGUAGGACCACCAAUCUGAGUGCCAAGGAGUUGGAGAGAAUGAAGGAGGAACGUCGCCAGUACCAGGAGGAAAUCCGUCAGGAGCGAGAGGAGCUCGACCAGCUGAAGGCUGAGAAACGAGCCCUCGAAGCUGACAUCACCAAACUCAAAAUGAAUAAAGAGCAGCUCACUCGUAAACUCAGUGACCUCAGGGAUCGAAUUGAUAAGAAAGGUAAGGAUAUUGAGCACCUGAACCAGAAGAUUAUCCAGGCUGCUGAGGAGACCAAGUCCAUCGCGGAGGAGAGAAUCCGUGCCACCCACACAGGUCGACGCCCUCCCAGUCAGGCCAGGCAGGACAGUAUGGAGGGGGAGGAGGACCUCAUUAGUGAUGUUCCUGAAAGGCCCAGGAAAAAGUACAGCUUUGCCGAGGAUAGAACUGAUGAUGAUGAGUUGUCCUCCAUGACUGGCAGAUACUGGCAGGACCUUCUCACAGAGGAAGACAGUAUCUUGGAUUAUGCUCCUGUUGAGCGACAGAACUAUGGGGAAGUAAAAGUCCAGAUUGCCAAGGAGAAUGAUUCCAUCUUGAUGGCCAAGGAAUUCCUGAGGAAACAGAGGCAGUCUCUGAAGAGAAGGCAAGCUGCCCUGCUGGCGGCCAAACAGGAGCUGAUGAAGGACGUCAUCAAACAGAAACAGGGGAAAAAAAUUGAUUCACCCUCUAAUAAGUCCAAAGGACAAGUGCGAUUUAAUCUGACCUCGGAGAGCCCCCAUGUUCUGGAGGAAGUGAAACAGAAACUAGAAAAGGAAUCCCUGGACAUUGACCACAUGGAGUCGCAGGUCAAGACGGGGUCACGGCUGGUGAAGGAGAAGGAGAAGAAACUCCGGCAGAUGUCUACCCGCCUCCACCCCGACAACAAUUCUGGAAGUGAGGAAGAGUACUCUCCCUUUGAGCACCACUGGCGACCUGCCAAAAUUCCGACCUGUGACCUCUCUGAUGAUGAGAGUAGUGGAGUCAGUAGUACAGACAACAGUCUGGAUAAUGUUCUCAAAGCUUUACAGAAACAAAAUGCCCGGAUACAGAAUGGCACCCCCUUGAUGUCCACUCUGCGUUCAGAGGGUGAUCCUAUCGCCCAGUCUCUACAGAGAAUCAACUAUGACCUGGCCAAGGUGAUCACGAUGAUUGGAAGCAGUGGGAAUAACAGUAUGCAAGGAACCACAGAGAAACCAGCCAACUAUGUGCCAAUCUACGCCCCCUCAGCCCCUCCCAGCCUCCUGGGGAGUUCAGUUCCUGCCUCCCCUCUACAGGCCUGGGCACCCAGCAACCCGUACAUACAAAAUCCUCAACACAAGGUGGAUUACUCCACUCUUGUCAUGAAUGCUGAACAGUCCUUGGAAAGAAAAUGGAGGAAAUACUUUGGAGAUCGCCGCCCCCCUCUCACUAGUGCCGUACCUGGAACCUUCUCCAUGACCACAGGACCAACACCUGUAAGAGAACAGCUCAGACAGUACCGCCUCAGCCUACACCACCAGCUCAACACGACUAGCACCACCCAGGACAAACUAGCCGAGCAGAAGGAAUGGCUCAAAAGGUUUGGUCAGGACCUGAACCUAGGGUCCUCGUUCAUCCACCCCCCUCAAUCGGAGCAUGGCUCUGUUGACAGCAUGAUGCUGGGCUCCCACGUCAAUGAGACGGAACCGCUGUCCUCCACGCCUCAGCGACGACCAUCAGUCCCCGGCACUGUCCGACUGGAACUGGACGAGUAUGAUGAAAUCAGAGUGAGACAGUUCUAGGUACCACCUGCAUACUGCCAUGUGUUGGUGGUCGCUCACUAGAGAUCAUACAGCAGUUGACUGGGCGAUAGAUCAAUUGUCAAAAUGAUGGCAUAGCUGAGAGAACUUGUGGUAGCAAAUGGCGUCCCUUUGAAGUACUGAAUGUUUUAUGUGUAAGAGUAUUUUGUACAGUGUUUGAAAAAGUGUCCAUUUUUUCUAGAUUGAUUAAGUGCUGCAUAUGUAGAGAAUUCUCAGUAAAUCAUGAUUGUGAUGAAUCGUCUAUAUAGAGGGGAGCUAGAUGGACCAGGAGUCUUGUACUGUGUUCACUAUGUAUUUAUAGAAGUAUUUAUUGCACAUAGAGUUCUUCCUUCAGAAUUUCCUGAUUGGCAUACAAUUUGUUUGUAUAGAUUAUGUAGACUCUCACAGAAAUGUUAUUUUUAUAAUCCAUGGUAUGAAUGGUUAACAUCAUAAUUUUUGACUAGAGGUUCUAUAAUUUUACAAUUUGCAACAAUUUUACACUCCAUGGUCCAUUAUUCAUAUCAACGAAAUACUUGGGAUUUCCGUCCGAAUUAUGAAUAAGAAAAUAUUUUUAUUUACAGUAUCUCCUAACGUUGAUCUGGGUUGUGACUGACAACUAUUUUUGAAGAAUCUGUCCAUUGUUCUCUGUAUAUUUUAUGCAAUGUUCAUGUAUAUUCAUCCACUCAGCAUUAUGGAGUUUUUUUAUUCUCUAUUUUUAAAUUUUUACAUUUCUGAUCUGACCAUAAUGUAACACAGUUUUGCUUGAGAUGAAAAUAGACAUGAUGCAAUAUGUAAAAUGAUAAAUAUUAUGAUAUUACAGAUUGCAAUGGAGGGUCUAAUUAAGCUUGUGUAUAGGUUGUGUCCUUUACUAGGCCUCCCUCUGACGGCCGCUGUAGAGGGCUGUUUUUAUUUAUAACUCAGAAACACUGUGAUAGCCUGUUGUUAAAUAUCAUUAUAUCUCAUUUGUUAUGAUACAAUAAAUACACCAAACGUG